AUGGGAAAGGAAUUUCUGAUUUGGAAAUCAGAAAGAGGAUCCAAGACCCGCCGCGGCAAUGGUGAUAAACGGGCAUUUAAUCCAACCACGCAGGCAACAAACAACGAACUUUGUCCAGUUUUCUAUUACAAGGAAUUCAAGAGUCACCGUCCAGAAGAAAUGAAUAGCGCUGACAGCCCGUUUUACUUGGCCAUAAAUUAUCGGCGACGACCUGGCAGCAACGUCUGGUACAUGAGAGCACCACUCUGCAAGAACGAGAUUGGUAAGCUGAUGAAAACAGCUGUGCAAUCAGCAGGCCUGCUGGGAAAUUUUACCAACCACAUUGUUCGAAAGACUUGUUUAUCUCGCCUGAUAGACGCGGAGGUUCCCGUAAAUUACGUCGCUCAAUUAAGCGGGCACAGAAAUUUAAAGAGCCUCGAUUCUUACCAAGCAGCGUCCGCAGACCAUCAGCGGAAAAUGUCCUUCAGUUUAAGCCGCUCCGGCCAAGAAAGUACUCAGACAUCGACAGUAAGCGUCCACGAGAACACCACUUUGCCGGCGAAUCUUCCCAAAGAUGUCAGUAAAUCAGGAGUUUUCUCAGGCGCUUGCAUCGGGAAAAUUGAAGGCUGCACCUUCAAGUUCAACAUUGCCCGUGAAAAAGAAGAAAGCCCAAAGUUCGCGAAGCCCAAGAAAUAA